AUGUGGCUAGACUUCCUAGAAAGCACCAAGUCAUCCAGAUCAGACGAAGUGGAGUGCACAAAUGCUACUGUCAAAAGCUGCCCCACUUACAAAACCCCACAGCAUUAUGCUACCAACAACGAUGAUGAACGUGGUUCAACUGGUUACUUUGAGACCAACAACGAUGAACGUGGUGCAACUGGCUCGCCUGCGCAAGUUCCGUGAAUUCUUGAAGUUUGAUCACCCCAGUAUUAUAUUAAAUUGGUAGAGGUGAGAGAGCGUCUUGGGGCUGGCGGGGAGAAAGCGAAGUGAGCUGGUCUCCCCGACCAACUGCUCCCAACAAGCAGUAGGUUGAGAGAUCCCC